CGGUGUGCUCGAUACGCCGUGUCACUGCAUGUCACACUCAUCGGCUUUACCGUCACGGUUCUCAACUUGUGACAUAUAUUAUAUUGGUUCUAUCAUCGGUCAUGUGUUUCGCGUUGGCUGCUGCCGUUGCCCGUAUAUUCAAACAAGCCACUGACAUGCUGACUCGGAAUGCGCUUCAGACGGUCCGCAAGAAAAUUCAAAUCCUCACCUUAUCUAUUCGAUAGGCACAUCGUUCAAGUGCGACCUGAUCCCUUAUCAUUGUCUGGGCGCACAUUUGUGCGGGUCGUUCGGCGCGCGACUUCCAUUGACCUAUUAUUAUAUAGCUCAAACUAUGAUAGAACAGAGAAGCGGCUCCAACGACCAUGAUAAUGAUUCUGUCUCCAUUUACGAACGACCAAAGGGCUUGCGUGGUGUCUACUACCACCCCAUAACGCAAAUAGUCAUGCUUGCCUUUGUCUGCUUCUUAUGCCCUGGGAUGUUCAACGCCCUCACUGGACUCGGCGGAGGCGGCCAGGUCAACCCAACGACUUCUGCGAAUUCGACUUGUGCUGUGUACGCGACAUAUGCGUUCUUCGCGUUCUUCUCCGGAACUGUCAACAACAAGAUCGGCGCUAAGCGUACCUUGCUUUUUGGAACAUUGGGCUAUGCGCUCUACGUCGGUUCUUAUCUCGCAAUAAAUAUCCACCCUGGUGCUGGCUGGUUUGUCGUUACCUCGGGUGCCAUUCUCGGCGUUACCGCCGCGUUCCUGUGGACCGCUCAAGGCGCAAUGAUGCUAAGCUACUGCACUGAAGCACAGAAGGGCAUAUUUAUCAGUAUCUUCUGGGCCAUUUUCAACUUGGGGGCAGUGGUAGGAGCUACCGUAUCCUUCGGGCAGAAUAUCCACUCAACGAACAAUAGCGUCAGCAAUGGAACAUAUGUCGGAAUCCUGGUUCUUACUAUUCUCGGCGUAACGAUCCCCCUGCUGAUGGCCGAUCCCGACAAGAUGAUCCGCACGGACGGUACGAGGGUCGUGAUGCCUCGUCAUCCGUCAUGGAAGUCCGAAUUUUAUGGUUUGUGGGUUGCGAUCAUCACAGACCCCAUGAUCCUCCUGCUCUUUCCGAUGUUCUUUGCGAGUAAUUACUUCUACACCUGGCAGUUCAACGAUUAUAACUCGGCACUUUUCGACAUCCGCGCGAGAUCGCUAAAUAAUUUUAUGUACUGGCUUUCGCAGAUCGUUGGCAGCGGAAUCAUUGGAGUCAUCUUAGACUCCAAGAAGCUGCGGAGACGUGUGCGCGCGUUUACUGGGUGGAGUAUUCUAUUGGUGAUGACAUUCGUGGUGCACGUCUGGGCUUAUAACUAUCAACGGACGUAUACCCGCGCCACCGUCCCACCAGACUCGCAGAAGAUGGAUAUUUACGACCCGCAGUACCUGGCACAUGUCUGGCUUAUGAUAUUCUAUGGACUGCUGGACGCAAUGUGGCAGACGACGAGCUUCUGGCUCAUCGGAGCCAUGAGUAAUGAUACGAACAAGCUGGCUAUUUACUCCGGGUUUUACCACUCCAUCCAGAGUGCUGGAGCUGCUGGUGUGUGGCGGAUGGACGCAAUUAGGCUUCCCUACAUGAAUAUAUUCCUCUCUACGUGGUGUCUGGUCGUCGCUGGUCUUGUGUUCUCUUUCCCGAUGAUCUGCCUGCGCAUCAAGGAUACAACUGUACUCGAAGACGAAGGCUUGAUGCAGAGAGAUCAGGAGAUAAAUGACACUAAGGCGAAAGAGAUGAUUGAGAGCGGGAACGAUAUGCCAUGAGCGCUUUGAAAUAUGACAUGUAUUCAUGGCUAUUCAGAAAAGUCAAGCAGAAUAUCAGGCUGUGCAUGUGCAGAUCUUGGAAUCCACCCAGCAGCGUUCGAUCUUGACCCGAUUAUUGGUUUAAUUUGGAAUACGGUUGAUACCCUACCGUUUCAGUAGUGAUAAACGAAAUAUGCCAAGG